GAGCAGCUCUUGAAGCGGCAGUCAUUGGUGGCUUUUGGUUGUCAAUCAAAGAUGGGGGCGGUAUCAGUUGACAAAUGAGACUUCCAGUAAGUCCUCCUCACAUGCUGUACAACAGAAUCAACAGGCUGGGGACAGCAGACAGAACAUCACCACGACCGGACAACAUAAACAAAGCAGCGCUCCAGCAGAUCCGUCCCUGCAGCUCAACUUUGCCCCUCUAGAAAGAGCAGAGAGGGGCAGACUUUUCCAAAGUGUUUUAAAGCUUUUCACCGCUUUGGGAUGGGACUUCCAGGGAGGAAUAGGAGCCUUUUACGCUGAGACUUGUCUUGAGUUUCUCAACAUUUCAGAGACCAAUUAUUGACUUUACGCAGGAGGCGUGAGACUUCUAUGACAUUGUAAGAAACCCCUUCAUCUGUCGGCACCAUGGCGGAAGCGGCCCAGCAGCCACACCUGGUGGAGAUCGACCCGGAUUUCGAACCCCUUUCGCGGCCGCGGUCGUGCACUUGGCCCCUGCCCCGGCCGGAGUUCAUCAACCCGGGAGACUCCAACACUUCUUCGCCGGUCCCGUCCGUGAAACAGGAGCCCGGGGUGGGCCCCGCAGAGUUUAUCAACAACCUGAGUCUGCUGGAGGAGAACGAGGACUUCCCGGAGCAGAAGCCGGUCAUCCUCUGCUGCGACUUUCAGUGCCAGAAGAACUGCGUCCACCAGCAGACUCAACAUCACCAGCAGCAGCAGCAGCAGCAGCAGCAGCAGCAGGCGAACCCGCAACUCCCGCAUCCACAGCAGCAGGUGCCUCUGCUCUCCACCCCGGUGGGCUCCUCACCUUCCGCGGCCGCAGCAGCUGCAGCCGCCGCGGCGCAGAGGAAGAGCAGCUCCUCUCGGCGGAACGCAUGGGGGAAUAUGUCAUAUGCAGACCUCAUUACCAAAGCUAUAGAAAGUUCUCCAGAAAACAGACUAACUCUGUCUCAGAUUUAUGACUGGAUGGUGAAGAGUGUGCCUUACUUCAAGGACAAGGGAGACAGCAACAGCUCUGCAGGCUGGAAGAACUCCAUUAGACACAAUCUGUCCCUGCACAGCCGCUUCAUCCGUGUCCAGAAUGAGGGGACGGGGAAGAGCUCCUGGUGGAUGCUGAACCCAGAAGGCGGGAAAAGUGGAAAGUCUCCACGACGCAGGGCGGCCUCCAUGGACAACAACAGCAAGUUCACAAAGAGCAGGGGAAGAGCAGCAAAGAAAAAGCUGGCCCUUCAGGGUGGUGCUGAUGGCGGCGCUGACAGCCCAGGCUCCUACUCCAAGUGGCCCGGCAGUCCAAACUCCCACAGUAACGACGACUACGAAGCCUGGAAUGGCUUCAGGCCUCGGACCAGCUCCAAUGCCAGCACCGUUAGUGGCCGACUUUCACCCUUUGUGCCUGAGGACGACCUGGGGGAAUCCGACGUGCACAUGGGCUACCCAGGAGCUCCGGGAUCGAAGAUGACAGCGACACUGCCCAGUCUCACCGAGAUGACUGGAUCUCUCGGACAUAGCUCUGAGAAUGUCAUGGAGAACCUCCUGGACAACCUGAACUUGCUAUCGCCCAACAACUCACAGGUUAGAGGGGGGGCGACAACUCCAGGCUCCUCCCAGUCCUCCCCCUCACCAAUGAUGCAGCCCAGCCCCAGUUACCCAGCCUACAGCUCCCCGAGCAUGGGCUCCCAGUCGCAGCAGGAGUUCCACGAGUGCGUCUAUGGCCAAGCUGGAAUGAACACAAUGUCAUCUAUGCCUCUGCAGACUUUGUCAGAGAGUAAACCUGGCUUUGUGCCCAGCAUGGGGCAGUACAGCUGUCCCGCCGGGCUGCUGAAGGAACUGCUGACGUCAGACACUGAUCAACACAGUGAGUUAAUGCCGUCAGUCGACACCGUGGUAUCUCAGUCCAGCAGUGGCUGCAUGCUGCCUUCAUACAGCAGCAGCCAGCAUGCAGCCAAACUCAUGGCAGGAGGGAACACUCACCCGCAUGGUCUUUCUCAUCCCCACCCUCACAACAUGCAUAACCAAGGGCAGGCUACAUCACCAGCUAUGAACGGCCGCCUGUUGAUGUCACUGAGCUACAAUGGGGGGAGCACACGUUUACCUGUGGCCAAAAGCCCCAUGCAGAUGCCCUAUGGCCUACCUGGGCACCUUAGUGGGGGAGGAAUGCCCAGCAGCUUCUGUCCUCUUAACACCAAUGGAUAUGGCCGAACAGGCAUGAUGGUACCCUCACACAUGGAGAAACUUCCCAGCGACCUGGAUGAUAUGUCCAUCGAAAAGUUUGAGAUUGACGUAGAAAGGGUGCUCCAUGAAACUCUAAUGGACGGUGACUCCCUGGACUUCAACUUUGAGCCAGUUGUGACCCAACAAGGUUUCCCACACGGAGUGAAGACCACCACACACAGCUGGGUGUCUGGGUAAAAAGCGAAGGCAAUCUGAGAUUGAUUCAUCUGACACAUUGCUGUUUGGGCAAAGAAAGAAAAUGAAAUUACAUGAGAAUAAAGGUUCUCAUCCCAAGAAAUCUGUGCCCCAGCAAGAUUCCUGCUUCAAGAUGAUAUUUAUAGGCAAAAUGACUUCUACAGACCUCUGUGCAUGUGUCAACUUUAGAACAGAGAUCAGGAUUGUUUUCAAGUGCCAAACAUUUUGCCUUAACAAGAGAGCCGAACUGAAACACAUCGAGUGGCUUGAAAAAAUAUUAACACCUCUUUAUCUUUUUUAUAUAUUUUAUCAAAUUAAGAUCAAAGAAUUUAGUAUAUUUUACUGGGAUUUUAUGAGAAAACCAAAUAUAAGUGUGACUCUAAAAUAAUUGAACGAUAAUAACCCUUGUUUAAGAUCUACAUCAAUACAUUAACAUUAACUGCAAUUACAGCACUUUUAUGUCCUGUUAGGGUAGAUAAUUUUUCCCUAUUGGAAUUUGGUUAUGUAAUAUUGGAGAUGAAUAUUAGAUCAAUAAAAAUGUAUAAAUGUUUUCCCAUUUCUUUUUGGAAAUUAGCUUAAGCUCAGCCAGAUUGGACGAAACAACAACAAUUUUCAAGUGUUUCAACUGUCUCUCAAAUGGAUUUGGGUCUUUACAUUAUCUUGGCCUUUCUAACACUUAGAUAUUAUUUGAUUCCAUUCCAUCUGUUUUAGAAGAUUUAGGUUAAUGUUCCUGCAGCCAGCCUGAAGCCUUAUCUAGGCUCUAAACAGUAUUAUUUCCAUUGUUUCCCUGGAUUUCUCCACCAAAUCUCCCCAUUAUAUUCCAUAUACGUAAUGAAAAGAAAAUACAUCUGACUGCAGCAUACUACCACCUCUGUGUUUCAGCAUGCAUAUGGUGUGCUCAGGGUGAUUUGCAGUGUUUUCUCCAUAACAAUGUUUGCUGUGUCUCUUACCUGCUUUUGGCAAAUUGUAAACAGGGCGUCUUUUCAAUGCUGGCAUUAUUAGUCCUGCCACUUAGUUUUCGAAUAGCAGAUGUUCAUUUGAUUCUUGUAUUUAGAUAUAGAUAUCAACAACUCCUCUAGAGUUACCACAGGCUUCUUUUAAUUUUCAGAUAAUACACAUCUGUCUUGUCCGGUGUGCUCAUUGAUUUUUAUGAUACCAUAGAUAAACACAGAUGGACUUUGCCAUUAGCUAAAGCCAAUUGAACUGGAUUUGAAUCCAAAAGCACAACAUUUAUUUAACAUUAUUUGGAAAAUAACUUAACUUCAACUUUUUGGAGGGAGUGGCGGCCUAGUGGUUAGGGCCUUGCACUUGGAUCCCAGAGGUUCUGAGUUCAAGCCUCACUCCCAUAGACUGCCACUGUGGGUCCCUGAGCAAGGCUCCCAAGGCGCCACACAAUGGCAGCCCACUGCUACCCAAAGGGAUGGGUUAAAUGCAGAUAGUGAAUUUUGUUGCUUUGUACUUGUUAGAAUGUAAUGACAAUAAAAGUUGUAUUCUAUUCUUCUAUUCAGAAUGUAUUUUGGUCUUUCACAUAGAAUCCCAGUGAAACAAAUUUGUAACUCUUCAAGUAAAAGAAGAAGCUAAAGGGGUGCAGAUACAUUUGCAAGGCAGUGUCUUUCCUUUUACACCGCCAAAUACAGUACAUCUUCUCGUCAUCAGCAACACAACAAUCUACAGAUGGGGAGACUCAAAAUGUAUGGUGUGUCCCACAGAUAACCGAUUUUUAACUGACAAAUGAUGAAGGUAACAUUGUCUUGUUGGUUUUUGGACUGAAAUGCUUAAAAAUGAGAUAUAUCUCAGAGGACUCUGAUGUUACAU